AUGACCCGACGGGGCGCGCCGGUCGCCUGGGCCCUCCUCGCCCUCCUCGCCCUCCCCGGGCUCGGAGCGGAGGAAGACGACGAGACGUGCUGCGGGCCCAUCGUGCCCCGGAGAGAGUGGAACGCCCUGGCCUCCGACUGCACCGAGGAACUGAAACUGCCGGUGCGUUACGUGGUGGUGUCGCACACGGCGGGCAGCCACUGCGACACGGCGGCGUCGUGCCGGCAGCAGGUGCAGAACGUGCAGUACUACCACAAGCAGAAGCUGGACUACUGCGAUGUGGCCUACAACUUCCUGAUCGGAGAAGACGGGCUGGUAUAUGAGGGCCGGGGCUGGAACUACACGGGCGCCCACACCAGUCGCUGGAACCCCUACACCAUUGGAAUCAGCUUCAUGGGCAACUACAUGGAGCGGGCACCCCCGCCCCGGGCCAUCCGGGCAGCCAAGAGCCUGAUAGGUUGCGGAGUGGCUCGCGGAGCUCUGCUCCCCAAGUACAAGGUCAAAGGACACCGGGAUUUGCAGCGGACCCUCUCUCCAGGCGACCAGCUCUAUGAAAUCAUCCAGAAGUGGCCGCAUUACAAGUCGUGA